CCUGCAGCGAGGGAGCGUCAGGCAGCAUGACCUCACAGAGAUGGAUGCUGGCUGUCUGCUUCUUACUGGCCUCAGUUUUAGGCACAGGUGAAUCAGUCUCAACAACAGAAACUCAGAAAUACACUUGCAGGACAUUCGGCAGCGGGGUCGUCCAACCUUUCAACAGUUCAGGUUUCUAUGUGCGAUCCAACUGCCCGUUCACCCUCACCCGCUUCUCGCACAACCGGGUUGAAUGUGACAUCAUCAUACGGCGAGGCCAGAACGGGCUACUGGCCCAAGUCGAGAUCAACAUCAACAAAAUCAGGACCGUUGUGCAGAAUGGAAGCAUCCAGGUGGAGAAAACAAGUGUUUCCCUUCCAUACGACCACACCUACCAGCAUAUUUUUCAGUACGGCAUCUACACUAAACUAAGGAGCUCGCUGCUUCCUCUCUCUGUGACCUGGCACAGUGUACCUGGGGGAAUAGACAAUGUCAGGGUGGAGCUGGAGCAGGAGCUGAGCGCCGACAUGACAGGACUGUGUGGAAAACACAAUGUUCCAGGCAACAAGCAGCAGCUGAUUACAGAGAGCGUGCUUACUGAGGACACAUGUCAAACCCGAGAUCCUGAAUUUGUUAUGAACGCACUGUGCAGACAGUUCUUUUCCUACACCUUGGAUUGUCUACAAGCCAGGACGCCUCAUUAUAUCCAACUUUGUGAAGAAAACAUUUACAGCUAUGAAAACAACAAAUACAUAAGCUGUGCGUUCUUCAAAGAAGUUGUCCAGCAGUGUGGAAAUAACAGCUACGUCUGGACAACAUGGAGAACUGUAACUGGAUGCGUCCCACAGAGUUGUCCAGGAGACCUGGUUUAUGUAGAACAGGGUGCUGCCUUUGUUCCCAGCUGCUCCGACCCAAACCCCAGACUCCAGGAUCUCACAAGCUCGUGUGUGUGCCCAAAGGGUAAGGUGCUUAACAACCGCGCAGAAGGCUUCCGCUGUGUAAAUGUGUCCAACUGCCCCUGUGAGUUUGCUGGCAGGAGAUACUUAAAUGGAGACAUUCGCAGCACCAAGUGUCAGUCAUGUGUGUGUGAGGGUGGGAAGUGGCGUUGCUCCGAAAACUUCUGCCCAUCCAGGUGUCUCGUUGAAGGACAGUUUGUGACAACAUUUGAUGGCAAACAAUAUGUCGUCCCUGGUAAAUGUACAUAUGUGGUGUCACAGGGUCUCAAUUGGACAAUAACUGUUCAGUUUUCUGAAAAGGACGUGUCCCUGAAAACAGUUGGUCUUCAGCUUUUUCAGGAAAUGUAUACAUUCUCACACAACAGUGUUAAAGUGGGAGAAGAGUUGAUUACUGAACUUCAUCAGUCUGAUCACGCCCUGGUUUUCUGGCAGUCUUCCAUGUACAUCCAAGUCCAGACAUCCUUUGGCAUGAAGAUCCAAGUCCAGGUGUCUCCUGAAAUUCAACUCUACAUCACUCCACCCAGAAACCACACAGGCAUAAUCUCAGGUCUUUGUGGCAACAGCAACAACGACACCACAGAUGAUUUCACCACCAGCAGCGGGAUUGUUGAGAACUCACCACAGACUUUUGCUCUGUCCUGGAGUGUGGGUGCUUGUGCAGUGAACAUACCCCCAACCUGCAGCAACACAGACAAUGAAAUAUUUGCAGAUGAAAAGUGUUCUGUGUUGAACAACCGAGCUGGGGUAUUUGCUAAGUGCCAUAGUCAUAUCCCAACUGAUCAGUUCCACACCGCUUGCAUCCAAAGAACCUGUAACUGUGGCAGCAACCUGCAGCAGUGUUUAUGUGUUGCUCUGGGUAGCUAUGCCAAAGCUUGCGCUGUUCUGGGUGUUGCAGUCGGUGACUGGAGGACGGCUACCAACUGCACUUUAAAUUGUCAAAAGAACCAAGAGUUCUUCUACGACACGCGGGCCUGCAACCACACAUGCCGUUCCCUGUCUGGCCCUGACCCUCGCUGUUGGUUGGAUGAUGCUCCUGUGGAGGGUUGCGGUUGUCCGAAAGGAACCCACCUGAACCAAGGAUACAUCUGCACGCCAAAGUCGGAGUGUGUAUGUCAUCACUAUGGCGGCAUAACUCCACCGGGACCCGCCGUUAUCGACGGACGCCAGUGCCUCUGUGAGAAUGGAGAACUGAGCUGCUCCAAGGAUUGUGGUUGCAAAAAUGGGAAGGUUUGUGUUCACUGCUCAGAGUACCCAGUUAACACAGCUCAGAAAACCUGUGACAGUCUCAGCAAACCACUGGGUGCUAGUAUGGCCUGUGAGAGUGGCUGCUACUGCCCAUAUGACCAGUAUGAGGAUCACCGUGGAAACUGUGUUUCUCUGGACAACUGCACCUGUGUGUACAGUGGCAAAGUGUUCAGCUCAGGACAACAUGUCAAAACCAACUGUAAAACAUGUGUCUGUGGUCAGGGUCAGUGGCACUGCAAUGACGAGCCAUGUCCUGGGAAGUGUCAAGUCUAUGGAAAUGGACAUUACCAGACCUUUGACUCCAAAUGGUACCGCUUUAAUGGACACUGCCAGUACACACUUGUAGAGGAUUACUGUGGAAAUAGAGACGGCUCCUUCUCUGUCAGAGUGGAGAGUGUACCGUGCUGUGAUGAGGCACUGACCUGCUCGCGCUCCAUCGUCCUGGAUCUGCAGGACAAAGUCACCCUGACACUGAGUGAUAUGAGGGUGACCAGACACCUCCAAAACUGGACUCUGCAAGAAGAUCCGCUUUACACCACACACACUGUGGGACUCUACAUCAUAAUCUCAGUGCCAAGCAGUGGGAUAACUCUUAUCUGGGACAAACACACCAGGGUCACCAUAGAGCUGCAGCCAAACUGGAGGAACCGAGUGUGUGGCCUGUGUGGGAAUUUUGACUCAAAUGAGAUGAAUGACCUUAAGAUAAGUGGUUCAGCAGUGGUGUCCAGUCCCCUCACCUUUGGAAACAGCUGGAAGGCUGCCACACCCUCUUGUUCUGAUGUGACCACCGAGAUAUUUCCUUGUGAACGCAACUCCUACUGCUCAGCCUGGGCCCAGCGGCGCUGUAUGAUCAUUACAGCAGACACUUUUAAAGACUGUCACUUGAAAGUGGAUCCUGAGCCUUACUACCACGCCUGCGUUCAGGAAUCCUGCUCCUGUGAGUUUGAAGGGAAGUUUCUGGGCUUCUGCACAGCUGUGGCAGCCUACGCCGAGGCCUGCAGUGACCAGGAUGUGUGCGUCAAAUGGAGAACACCUGAUUUGUGUCCUGUCUACUGUGAUUACUACAAUGAGCAGGGUCAGUGUAGCUGGCACUAUGAAGCCUGUGGCGAGAUGCUAACCUGUGGCAAAGACAGCUAUUUCACUCACAAGCUGGAAGGUUGCUACCCCAGAUGUCCAAAAGAUGCACCAUACUAUGAUGAAAAUACUGGUGAAUGCACCAAACUGAGGAACUGCACUUGUUAUUUCAAUGACACAAUCAUUCAGCCUGGGACAGUGGUGAUGAUACAGUCUAAUAAGUGCCCAUGUGAAAAUGGAACGAUUAACUGCCCACCUCCACCUACCACCACCCCUAUUCCAACCACUCCCGUCACAAAUGCUUCAACCACCACAGAAGCAGUGCCUUCCACUACACCAACAACUACAUCUGCUUUAACUACGACUGAAACAUCGUCAACAGUGCCUUCCACUACACCACUGACAACCGUUACCACUGUGUCAACCACCAGCGAAACACCAUCAACAGUGUCUUCUACUACACCAACAACUACAUCUGCUUCUACUACAACUGAAACAUCGUCAACAAUGCCUUCCACUAACACUACACCACUGACGACUGUUACCAAUGUCUCAGCUACCACUGAAAACUGGUCAAGUGCUCUUUCCACCGUCUCAACACCGACUGCAACUACAUCAACUACCACUGUAACCUCAGUAACCCCUACAGAACUGGCUAACACAACAGCAGUCUCUACCAGCUCACCCACCACAUCGUCUAUAACUACAAUGAAUACCACAUCUACAGUAGCAACUGCUUCCUCAACACAACCUACAACAGUAACAAAUACCACUGAAUCCACCACAGAACAGACAAUCACAACAGUGUCAAUGUGGACACUAGAGUCAGAACCCCCAGCAGAUACUUCCUCAACAAAACACACAGAGCCACCAACAACAGUUCAAUCAACAACCACCUUUGCAACAAAUGCAACACCUGCUGAAACCUCAGGAUCAACUGAAAUCACCAUCACAGAAACUUCUACUGAAACUUCUCCUAUAGUCACUCAACCUACUACCACCUUCUCAGUGUCAACAGCGUCUAACAAAGUGACCAAUGAAACUACCAUGAUGCCACCAACAACAUAUACCACUGAGAUGUCCACCAGUAAAGGAUUUACCAAUGCAACUGACACGACAACCUCUGGAGAGCCAGCUACAUCUGUGACUACUGCAGCGACAGAGAAAACACAUCACACUUCGGUAGCCACAGACUCAACACAGUCUACUUUGCCAACAUUCAGUACGGAGUUGACAACUCACACAACAGUAUGCAGUGAGUGUAGAGACCUGAAGAGGAAAGAAACUUGGGUUUGCGGCGAGACGUGGACAGAGGACUGCUUCCAUAAGACCUGUACAAAUGGGAAGAUAGAGUUGACCCCAGUGAUUUGUCCAGAGCCUACAGUUCCCAUCUGCCCCAGAGGCCAGGUCACAAAAGUGUGGGAUGGAUGCUGUGAAACAUGGAAAUGUGACUGUCGCUGUGAUCUAUAUGGGGACCCCCACUACAUCUCUUUCGAAGGAGUAACCUUUGAUUUCCUGGACGAAUGUACCUACAUCCUGGUGGAGGAGCAGUCGCCACAACAUCACCUGUCCAUUGCUGUGGACAACUUCUACUGUGUGCCGGGCCUCGAUGGCUCCUGUGCCAAAGGCAUCAUCCUGAAAUAUCAGAACAAUAUUGCUACCCUCAAUAUCGUCCCAGAUUUAUUUACAGUACAGGCCACUCUGAACAACGUGACCAUACAGCCGCCAUACGAGGAGAAUGGGUUGAAGUUUGAGACGACGGGGUAUGUGGUGUAUAUCUACCUCCCAGAGAUUCGCUCUUAUGUCUCCUUAAGUCCAUCUUACACCCUGGUUGUCAGUCUGGCCAUGGAACACUUCCUCAACAACACCUGGGGACAAUGUGGCGUAUGUGGUGGCAGAUCGUGCAUCCGUAGAGGAGGGCAGAUCGAGGACAAUAGCUGCUGUGAGAAGACGGCCUAUGACUGGGUGUACUCUGACCCUCUGAAACCAGCCUGUGCUGCUGCACCAAGGGAUGUACCGUGUCAUCCUUGGUCAACUCCAGGACCCACAAGCAUUUCCACCACCACCACCUGCCCUAAAAGUCCACUGUGUGAGCUGCUAGACCACCCAGUCUUUUCAGUAUGCAGAGACUAUGUGAAUCUGAACCUUAAAAAGAAGAACUGUGAGUUUGAUUCAUGCGGGAACACAGGCAAUCCUUGCUCUUCUCUAGAACAAGCUGCUGAGGAAUGCAAGGACGCUGGCUUCUGCAUUGAUUGGAGACGAUUGACUAAUGGAAGCUGUGAUGUGCAUUGUUCAGAAGGACUGGUUUACAAAGAAUGUCAUGACAAGUUAGAUGACUUCUGCUACGGAGGAGUGCAACAUUCAGGACCCUCCCUUGGAAAAAACAGUACUGGUUGUUUCUGUCCCAGAGGCCAGAUCAGGGCAGGAAAUCAUUCCAACAACUGUGUGUUUGAAUGCCCCUACUGUAAAGGACCACUUGGAGAGCCCAAGCUGCCUGGUGAGGUGUGGCAGUCCAACUGCCACGUGUGUAGAUGUAACAGCCAGACUCGGGCAGAGGAGUGUGUUCUGAAAGCCCCUGAGCCACCUCCUGACUGUGGCCCCAAUAUUUUAGUAAACUCCUCUUGCUGUGGUCAACAGAUUUGUGUUGAGAGGAACUGCAGUUAUAAUGAAAAAACAUACAAGGUGGGAGACACAUGGACAGAUGCCGCCGUUCCCUGCAUGUUGUUCACCUGCAGCAAUAAGGGUAUUCAGACUGUGACUAGAGUCUGUCCCAGAGAAAACUGUCCUGAGGAGGACAGGAUUUGGGAUAACCAGCACUUCUGCUUCACAUGUAAUAAGAGCUGUGCUCCCCGGGUGUCCAGCUUCAACAUCACCAUAGACAACUGUACCACUGUCGUAGAGAUGCCUGUGUGUCAGGGUCAGUGUGUGUCUCAGCACAGGUGGAGCAGAGGAGCAGAUGCUGUCAGCAGCGGAGCUCAGAGCAGAGAUCUGUGA